AUGGGUCGUCGAGUCGUCUCUGGUGACUGUCACCCGGCGGAGCGGAAAAAUGGCGACUUUGUGGCUCUCUGAUAGUUGUCACCCGACGGAGAAGAGUUGGAUGGAGGUAGGGGGCGUGUUAGAGAGCUUCAUUAUCAGGUCUGCGCAGCAAGAAGAGGCUCUUCAUCGCAUCCAGUACGCGCUCAGGAGGUGGCAACUCAUCUCUUGGUGGAUCGUCCUCUUCUUGAUGACGGCUUGUUCGUCGAUCAAUCGAAGAUGAUUUACUCGAUGGAUUUGCGAUCCUUUUAUCACGAAUCAUUCAAUAAUUUUAGUAGCAAUGUUUUGCGAAUCGCGUUGAUGAGAUUUUCGCUGAUGAUCUAGCAAUUCUCGUUGCUUAAUCCUUCAUCGACGAUCUGUAGGAAAGUUGUGAUAAUCAGAUAAAAAUAUAUGAAUUUUGACUCUAGGAAGAUUCGAACCCGCGCCGGUCGUCCACUUCUUCUGAGAAAGGUGUGGCUGGGGUUUAGUCCCACAUUGGUUGUGCGUUGAUUUUUCAGAUGAAUAUAUAGUAAUGUUAGCUUUCUAAGUAAAGUCCCUUCUCUCACGUGUACAACCACUCCUUGCCCUACAGCCAGUUAGCCACCGGUGACAUGGAAGGGGAGUGGCGCACACGUGCCCCUAUCGAUCCAAGCCAAGCCGCUUGAGCCCCUGCUCACGGCUACUCCUUGACUGCACUUCUAACUCGCUUGUGAGCCCGACUAGUUAGCAUGUCCCCCCAUUUUGCAAUAUAUUUAUUUUUAUUCCUUGUUCUUCAUUUAUCUCAAAAGUAAGACUGUAAAAAUCAUAUAAAAUCAUAUAAUUACCUAAAAAUUCACAUUAAUUAAUUGAAAACUAUUUUUUAUACUUUAACACAAAUAUAAGUUUAUUUAUCAUGAGUUAAGGCUAAAACUAUAUUAUUUACUAAUUAUUAACUCAUGAUAAUGAAGAUUUAUCAUGCAUCUUUGUCAUCAACUUAAUCCAGCAAAUGAUCAACUCAACUAUUAUAGUCUUUGCUCUCCAUUGUGUCCUAAAAUAAUUGAGUGAUUAGAUGCGAGUAUGUUGCGUUAAAAUAUUAAGUGACAAUAUUUGUAUUUUUUCUUAAGAAGACAGUUUCUAAAGAGACUAAUUUUGAGUGAUUUAAGUGGUUGAUAAUAUGAAUAUAAGUGUGCAUUCUUGAAGAGAAUAGAUAAAUAGUAGAGAGCAAUAAUAUAUAGAUCUAUAAAUAGUUAAGUGAGGGAGAACUAAUAUAAAAAUAUCAAUAUUCUUGGUGGGAGACUAUUGAAUGGUCAUCAUAUAACAUAUGUGUAAACACAUCUAUAAAUCUGAAAAAUAGAAAAAAAUAUAUCGUAAAUCUCAAUUCACCUCCCCUUCUCCAUGCUUCAUCUAACAUUAUAGUUCUAACAAUAUGUUGGUAAAUUCACGAGAUAUUUCAUUUGAAAAAAAUUAUAUAAGCAUGUUGACAAAAAUAGUCACACAUAUAAAUUCAAAUGAUGUUUGAAUUUAAUCCAUGUCAAUUUGUUAAGAAGGGUAAGUUAUUGGAACUAUAAUAUUAGGUAAAACAUUAAGAUUGAGGGUAAAAUUAGAAUUACUAGAAAUAUCAAUUAUGGAGGUGAGAUUCUCUAGUAUUAGCUCUUCCUCUUAA